GUGUUAGCAGGCUAACUAGAGAAAGAAAGCUAACUAAUCGUGAGAGUGGAAGUGGAGCUAAACGAAAAGCCAACUGUCAAAACAGCAAGGGGAACAGAAAUUUUAGUGAAGUGAUAAUUCUGUUAGAUGACUACAUGAAAAGACUUAGAGCUAGUUAAUCAGAGACCGUGUUUGUCAGAUGCCCGAGGAGCAUUUUUGGAUACUACAUCGAUUGUCCCAUUUCCAAACGGAAACCAUUUCUGGACAGACAGUUCGUGCUAGCUAGCCUAGCUAAGUGAAUAAUCCAGGAGACUUUUCAUUGUCACCUAAAAACCCAUACUGAAUGUUUUGUCUGUCAUGAGUCCGGCCGGGUGCUCCCAUGUGAACGGUUAUAAGGUGGAUAAUUGGAAACAAAAUCUUCGAGUCAUAUACCAGUGCUUUGUUUGGAGUGGUACUGCUGAGACCAGGAGACGCAAGGCCAAGUCGUGUAUCUGUCACAUGUGUGGCGCCCACCUGAACCGACUCCACUCUUGUCUCUACUGUGUUUUUUUCGGCUGUUUUACAAAGAAACACAUCCACGAACACGCAAAAAACAAGAGACACAAUCUAGCAAUAGACUUAUUAUACGGUGGAAUAUAUUGUUUUGUAUGUCAAGACUACAUUUACGACAAAGACAUGGAGCAGAUUGCCAAAGAGGAGCAGAGGAAAGCAUGGAAAUUGCAAGGCAUAGGGGAGAAAUACACAACAUGGGAGCCAACCAAGAGGGAGCUAGAGUUAUUACGACACAAUCCAAAGCGAAGGAAAAUCACUACAAACUGCACCAUAGGUUUACGAGGGCUAAUAAACCUGGGCAACACGUGCUUCAUGAACUGCAUUGUUCAGGCCCUAACACACACACCACUGCUGCGAGACUUCUUUCUCUCUGACAGACACAAGUGCGAGAUGCAAUCAAACUCCUGUCUGGUGUGUGAGAUGUCGCAGCUCUUUCAGGAGUUCUACUCGGGCCACCGCUCGCCCCACAUUCCAUUCCGGCUGCUGCACCUGGUGUGGACUCAUGCACGCCACCUCGCAGGCUAUGAGCAGCAAGAUGCCCACGAGUUCCUCAUUGCAGCAUUGGACGUACUGCAUAGGCACUGCAAAGGAGACACUAUCAAUGACAACGGCAAGAAGGCCAACAAUCCAAACCACUGUAACUGCAUCAUUGACCAAAUCUUCACCGGGGGCCUGCAAUCAGAUGUUACCUGUCAAGUGUGCCAUGGGGUUUCCACAACGAUAGAUCCAUUCUGGGACAUCAGUCUGGACCUUCCUGGCUCAUCCACGCCAUUUUGGCCCCUCAGCCCUGGAGGGGAUGGCAGCACAGUUAAUGGCGAAAGCCACCUGUCAGGAUCCACCACACUCACAGACUGCUUGCGCAGGUUUACGCGACCCGAGCAUCUAGGAAGCAGUGCCAAAAUCAAAUGUGGUGGUUGCCAUAGUUACCAGGAGUCCACCAAACAGCUGACAAUGAAGAAGCUUCCCAUCGUAGCCUGUUUCCAUCUCAAACGGUUUGAGCACUCUGCUAAACUGCGGAGGAAGAUUACCACCUAUGUUUCCUUCCCUCUAGAGCUGGACAUGACGCCCUUCAUGGCAUCCAGUAAAGAGAGCAGAAUGAACGGGCAGUAUCAACAGUCGGUUGAUGUAUUAAACAAUGACAAUAAGUAUUCCUUGUUUGCGGUGGUCAACCACCAAGGCACAUUAGAGAGUGGCCACUACACCAGCUUCAUCCGCCAGCACAAGGAUCAGUGGUUCAAAUGUGAUGAUGCCAUAAUCACCAAGGCCAGCAUUAAGGAUGUACUCGAUAGUGAAGGGUAUCUCUUAUUCUACCAUAAACAGUUCCUUGAAUAUGAGUAGUCUUUGUGACCAAUGACCAUGAAGAACCACUUUGCUUUUAAUGAGAGAGUCGAGGGACUGGAGACAGGAUGAAACACACAAAGCUACCUGAAAUCUUUUGACUACCAGUCUGCUCCUCCAGCUCUGGAGGACAAAAACAAACAACAAAAAAGACGUGUAAAAUCACACAUCCUUUCAAAAGAAAAUAAAAUAAGCACUGAGCUACUUCUUGGCAUCUACUUGACAAAACUGAAUAAAGAGGAGAGAAGGACGAGUCGCCAGUUCCAGGCUUGGGCAGAGGGAAGAGGCCCCACACCCCCUCAUUCUCUCUCCCUUCCCCUUCCUGCUGCAGGGGCAGAGUCUGAGCGUGACUGACUGUCACGUCGAUUGGGCAUAUCUGGAUAUUUCUUACAGUAUUCUGACCCCCCCAACCCAACCCCACCCCCCCUUCAUUUCUCUCCCAUGGUGCUCUCAUUUCAGCUGACCAAGCAUUUAACUUAGUCAUGAUGGAGGACAGUAUGUUGUCAUAUGCAUAUAGGACUGAAUGCAAAAAAAAAAAAAUUUAAAAAAAAAUUAUAUAUAUAUAAAUCAGCGUAUUAUGAACUUUGCAAGAACAUUUUUAAAGUUAUGGUUAUGAUUCUUAUCAUUUGUGAAUUUAGUUAUGAAAUACUGUAUGAAUCUAGUAUACAUCUAUUUUUUAUGGGCAAAGAAAUAAUGGGAGAGCUUAGAGACGCUGCCUUUGCCAGUAGCUGGGGAAGCGCUGCCAUGGAAACUAAACACAUUUGGACCUGAGUGUUCUCAUGUUUCAUUAUUUACUGUGUUGAUUGUUUCAUUAUUAUUUUUUUUAAGUCUGGUUGAGGGCAGGGAAUAUCUAUUUUUUUAGCAACUCGUUGAGUUUUUGUUUACUCGUUUUCUUUUCUGUGUCUUUUUUUUUUUUUUAAUUAUUAUUUUCAGUACAGUCAUAUGUUCCUUGCUGUCCUGGUACUGGAAAUGUUUUUGACGUAUUAUGCUUUCAUUCUUGUGGAAUUGUUGGUAUAAUGAUGGUGAUGAUUAAUUGGCUCACCUUUGCUGUUUAGAGCGUGUGUAUGUUGAAUGUGAGCUUUGGAUUUUGUACUGUAUGACAUUCUAAAGAGAAGACUCAAUACACAUACCUUCAGAUCAGGUCCUAUAA